AUGGGUAUAAAAGACCGUUCAACGACUCCCAAGUCCCAUUGCUCUUCUCUAUCAUCGUAUCCAAAUGUAACAAUGAAGCUUUCUUCUAUCGCUGUUGCUCUUUCAUUCGCUUUAGCGGCUCAGGCCCAAGCUGUUCCAGCUAUGGCCGAUGACGUGACUUUGUCCAAGAAGGAUGUUGCUCUCGCAAAUGACCUCAUCUCAUCUUUGGACAACUUCAAGGCUAAGAGAGACUCUAUCUCGGACCCUGCUGAACUUGAGGCUAGAACUUUUGGUAUCAUCCCAAAAAUCUUGGGUGCAAUCCACACGUCUUUGGGUUCCAUCAUUAUUGAUGGAUUGGUCAACAACCCAAUGUUGAGACCUCUUGUCACUGAAAACAUUUACACCUUUGUUGCCUCCGGUGAAAUCUCUGUUGAAGUUAUGUACCAGGCUUUGUUCAAGGUUGGAUGGUGUGAAACCAUCAUUGAAAAGGUUGUUGCAAACUGUUUCUACUACGAGGAAAUCUUCAAAUUAUCUAAGACUGAGAUUAUUGACUUGACAAAAAAGAUUGAAUGGAAACUCCAAGGUAAGGCCGUUACCAUUGCAAAGAGAGACGAUGUGAGUCCAGAAGAUGAGGAACUCUCUAAGAUUACUCUUCCAAACAUUUCUAAGAGACAUGAGUCCAUCCUUAUCAAGAACUUGUUGGGCUCCUUGGCUAACUCUGGAUUGGCACCUGAAAUUGUUAAGCCUUUGAUCAUUGACCCACAAUUCUCUUCCCACGGUAUCAACUUGAUCUUCAACUUGUGCCAAGCUAAGUUUAUUGUUAUUGAUGAGUUCAUUAGUGUCUUCCUCAAGUCUGGUUUGGUCACUUCCCUUUUCAAGUGCUUUUUCAGAGUUGCUGAGUUGAAGAUUAAGAUCUUUGAGGCUUUGUGCUUCUCUUUCAAGCACUGUAAUGGUCCAAGCAUUUCUGGAACUCCUACUGGUUCCACAUCUCAAACCUUGUCCUCCACAAGUGUUCCAAGCUUCACUGAAACCAAGAGUACUGACAUUCCAAUCAAACCAUCAGACGUUCCAAGCAUUCCAUCUAACAGUGUUACUUCGACCACAGAAGUUCCAGGUUUCUCUUCUUCCGCUGUGCCUUCCAAGUCUACUGAUUCUACUGACGUAUCUAGCUCCGCUACGCAGCCAUCUGAGACUUCUUCCAAGCCAUCUCAAACUUCCUCAAAGCCAAACACUAGCCUGAAGCCUUCAACAUCUGAGUCUACUGACGCCACCUCUUCGAAGCCAUCUGAGACUUCCUCGAAGCCAUCCACCACAUCCGAGUCUACUGACGCUACUUCAUCGAAGCCAUCUGAGACUACUACUCAACCAUCUCAAACUUCCUCGAAGCCAUCUGAGACUACUUCUCAACCAUCUCAAACUUCAUCGAAGCCAUCUGAGACUACUUCUCAACCAUCUCAAACUUCUUCCAAGCCAUCUCAAACUUCGUCUAAGCCAUCUGAGACUUCUUCUAAGCCAUCUGAGACUUCUUCUAAGCCAUCUGAGACUUCUUCUAAGCCAUCUGAGACUUCCUCGAAGCCAUCUGAGACUUCUUCCAAGCCAUCUCAAACUUCUUCGAAGCCAUCUGAGACUUCUUCCAAGCCAUCUGAGACUUCUUCCAAGCCAUCUGAGACUUCUUCGAAGCCAUCUGAGACCUCUUCCAAGCCAUCUCAAACUUCGUCUAAGCCAUCUGAGACUUCCUCGAAGCCAUCUGAGACUUCUUCCAAGCCAUCUCAAACUUCGUCUAAGCCAUCUGAGACUUCUUCUAAGCCAUCUGAGACUUCCUCGAAGCCAUCUGAGACUACCUCUCAACCAUAUACCACUUCUCAACCUUCUGAGACUACUUCUCAACCAUCUACCACUUCUCAACCAGACACUACCCAGCCAUCAACUACUAAGUCUGGUUUCCCACAACCUUCUUGUGUUUGGCAAUGUUACUGUAAGUAA